UCCUACUAGUUCAAAUCUGUCUAAAGUGUGUGACAAAUAAGUGCACAUUUAUCCAAUGAAUCUAACAAAAUCUCACAUUCCUUUUAGAAAUACAAUUUAGUAUUGGCCGUACGGUUACCUGUAGUUGUUCACAUCCUUGCCAUAUGAUAUUUUGUGAAUAAUCGUUUCAUUGACAACCUUACCAAAUCUGCUCAAUCUAAUAUUAAAUCAUAAAAGUCAACAGUUAUGGUGCCCGGUGUGUACACUGUAGACAGUGUAAUAUCAUUUUUGAAUUGUUACAUACCAAACAUUGUAAGAGAAGAAGAUUACUCUGAUGAUUUUACAUACCAACUCGUAUGUCAAAAAUACAGUUAUGGCAGAGCUUUUCUUCAUACUUAAAAGACUAUUCUAGUAGUAUAACUCAUCAAUUUAUAACUAGCUUUAUUUUUUGAAUUCUUAAAUACCGAACGUAAAUAUUUAUUGCAGAUUCAUAGUCAUUGUAUUACCAAUGAAAUCUCGUCGAUGGUGUACUGUCGGGAAUACUAAAAAAAUUCUAAUAGCUGUGUGGGUUGUUGCAGUAGCAUUGUCUUCACCAACUUUUAAAUUAAUGGAUACAGAACAUACGCUAUUUCAUCAGAAUGGAACCAUUGUACCAAUAAGUCUUUGUUCUUGUGUAACGGAACAAGAGUCAUCAAAACUGAUCUUUUCUGUAUAUAAAUUAAUUAUUAUGUUCGCCCUCCCAACGCAGAUCAUGAUUAUAUGUUACAGCGCUGUUAUUUAUUCAUUAUGGGUUAGUUCAAAACAAUUAACACAGCUGGUACCAAGUCAAAGAUCGUCGAAUCCAUCAAUAGAACGAAUAGCAAUGCGACAAACAUAUCAUGGGGUGAAUUCAGGGGUAAGGAAGUGUAACGUUCUCCACAAGAGUAACAACGAUAUUCUUAGGGCAAGGAAACAGGUAAUUAAAAUACUAGCUGCAGUAGUUGUUGUGUUUCUCAUUGCAUGGGGACCAAAGCUGAUAAUACAAGUUAUGCAGGACAUGAAGCUUGAUUUGAUAUACACUCAAUCAGCAUUUUCAACCCAGGUCGUCUUCAAUUGUCUGCCAUAUAUACAGUCUUGUCUUAAUCCUAUCAUAUAUGGUUUUAUGUCAAAGAACUUUAGAAGAAGUAUGGCUUUAGCUUGUAGACGAUAUUGUUACCUGUGUAGACUAUUGAGGUGCUUCAGACGCAAAAAGAAAAGUAAUUUCAAUGACCUUGAAAAUGAUUCAAAGUACAGUAAUGGCUUGACAGUGCAAACGAGGAUCGUUUGUAAGACCAGUGGAUCGUCAGACGAAGAAAAAUGUGACUCCACCUAUAUUGCAUAAGAUGAAAUGCAGAUGUGUACAUGUCAUAAGACAUCCAUAUCAAGUCUAUCAAUUCAAAGGUUAAUGGAAUAUAGAUUUUAAAUAUUGGUGAACGUCAUAUACCAAUGUAAUUAAAUAAACAGUGAAAGUAAUCUAAUGGAUUUUACUUGCUAGCAGUAGUUUUUUGAUUGACCAUCAACAUAGAGUAACAUUUCAAAUCGGAAUUUAAUGAUGCUAGAUUCUUUCCAUCUAUGAUCUUUUAACCUCCAGCUGCAGAAAAUAGAUACAGUGCAUAGUCAUUUUAACAUUUCCUUAAUUAUUUGAUGUAGUUUAAUAAUAUAUUUAACAUGUUAUGAGACGUAUGUCUGCUCUGACAAAAAAAUCGCAUGUUUUACAAUAUUGAAUCAACAAAUAGAUAAGAGGCCGUGAUUCACUUUUCUUUUUCGCUUAUCUUGUAAUGUAUAUAACACAAGUUUUUCCAUGAAUGUCUGUGUAAUUGUUAAAACAUUAGGAGAUGAAAGAGGACUGUUGACUAUUGUGAGAUGUUAUUCAUUAAUGUUGAAAAUAUAUUUUUGGACGUUUUCGUAUAUUAAUCUCACACACAAAACAUAUCAAUCAUUUGCGUUGCGUUGUUAUGACUGCAGAU